CCCGCUCCCGCUCCCGCUCCGAGCUGCUCUUGGCUCGCUUAACGCUCGCCGCUGAGGGCAGCCAGUGUUGCCCAGCCAGUUACAAUGGAGACGCAGACGCUGCAGAUCAGACUGCUGCCGGCACAGACAGCCGAGGAGCGUGCCCGCAACAUAAUAGCCAAUGUGGUUGUCGAGGGUCAUCAGGCCGCGCUAGUGCCCUACAUCGAUGAACAUGUGGGCCAGCCGGCCGAGAAGCGGACGCUGCUCAACCAGCUGGAGGCGGCACCUGCUCCGGCACAGCCACGCCUGCGCUACUACAAGCCGGGACCCUCCACCUACAAGCUGCUCUGUCCGCUGUGCCGCGAGAGAAGCGAUGCGGCCGUAAUGCGCGCCGCCGGCUGCAAGGACGCCAGCUGCUGCCUGAGCCUGCUCUCCUGCGUGUUUCCCAUCUUUUGGAUCUGCUGCAUUUGCACCUGGUGCGGCUGCAAUCGCGAGUGGACCACCAAGGGCGUCUACUGCAGCCGCUGUGGCGGCAAGCUGGGCAUUCAGAGCAAGUCCGAUUAGGUCAAUUAAAUUGAUAUAAAUGCCACA